AUUUGAAAAAUUGCUAUUUUCAAACGUUUUUAUUGAAAUUCAAAAAAGUCUUUGAAAUGAGUGAAUUUAAAUUACAACACAUUGUAGCUGAUUUACUUAACACUUUAGGUGGCAAAGUCAAUCCCAACAAGUUGGUUGAAUAUUUACAAGAAAGCCAAACAGUAGAUUCAGGUGGUUGUAUAGUAAUUGCCCAGAAUCAUUUAGCAAGACUUUCUCAAGAUAUUCCAGAUUCAAGUGCAUUCCUGGCCAAAUAUAACGACUUGAAAGAUAAGAAUGUGGACUCGUUAGAUGCUUUUGUUCAGUUACUUGAUCACAUAUCACAGGACAUCAGUUUAAAGGAAUUUUUAAUUAAGAGUAAUAGACCAUCACUAUCAGCAACAACAGAAUUAACUAAAGAUAAUUUACCCCAAAUAAAAAAUCGUUUGAAAAAGGCUGUAACAAAAAAAUCAACCAAAGAUGACUCUUUAAAGUCUAUAUUAAAUACAACACCAACAGUUCCUUUGGCAAGCACCCCUACUGUAGUCUCGUGGGUGCAAAGACGUCCGAACAUGACCUGGGAUUUUUCUCCUACAAUUAGUCAUCAAUCUGUUCCAACAGUACCUGCAGUGUCACAAGAAAAUAUACUAAUUGAAGAUAUAUUGAAUAUUUUGAUAGGUUUACCAGGAGGUUACAUUGAACCAGAAGAAUUGAAGGAUCUGUAUGGUCCCAGAACAUUUAAAAUAAAUGAUAAUGUUCCUUUAUCACUUAGAGAACUAAUUAAACAAAUAUUACCACUAGCCAGUCAUUAUUCUAUAAUACAAAGGUUUACCGAAGAAAAAAUGAGAUUUGAAUUUGGACAAGUGAACAACGCUUUGGCUGAAGCAAUGCAAAAUAUCAUCAAAGAACAUAUGCUUUUUACAAUACAACUAGAAAGUGAAUUCAGAUCAUCAAACUUGAGUAUUCAAAAACUUUGGUUUUAUGUUCAGAGAAAUAUGCAGAGUUUGGGGAUUGCAGCUAACAUAGCAUCAACAAUUAGUAAGUCAGACGCAAAAGGGGGGAAAGUUUUAAGUUUACUUCAUGAUCAUGUUGUUGGUUCAAUUGGUGACGAAAGAGCUCAAUUAUUAUGUUUAAAAUUGAUGGAAGCAGCUUGUUAUCCAUAUAUGAAAAUGUUAGGAAUGUGGAUAUACAGAGGAAUAAUAUCAGAUCCAAUAAACGAGUUUUUGAUUGAAGAUAAUGAGGUAGUUCAGAGAGAAGAUAUGCCUGUUGACUACUCAGCCGAUUAUUGGGAAAAGAAAUAUGCGGUUCGUAGAGAGAGAAUACCCAAGUUUUUAGAACCAGUAGCAGAUAUUAUUCUUAAAGCUGGAAAAUACUUAAACGUGAUUAGACAGUGUGGGAAACCAGUUAAGAACAAAGUCUUGCCAAUUCAGUACAAAAUAGAAGAAAAACAUUAUAUAGAAGCUAUUGAAAAAGCUUAUAUAUUUGCCAGUCAGACACUUUUAGAUUUAGUUAUUAAAGAAAAAGAUCUCCUAGGAAGGUUAAAAUCAGUAAAACAUUAUUUUUUACUUGAUCAAGGCGAUUUCAUAGUCACUUUUCUCAGUUUAUGCGAAAAGGAGUUGGGAAAAUAUUCAGUUGAUGUUCAUCAAAGUUGUAUUGAAUCUCUAAUGGAUUUGGCAUUAAGAUUAUCGAGUGCCAUUGAUGAUCCUUAUAAGGAUGAUUUAAGAACUGAAUUAUUGCCAUACGAUUUGCAAUUUCAGAUGUUCAAGAUUCUUAGUAUUCAAACCAAUUCGGAACAAGUAUAUUGGUCUGUUGCUGAACAAGAGAAAUUAUUGAUGAUCCAGUCAUUCUCCUUUAGCUAUGAAGUUCAUUGGCCUCUAUCACUAAUUCUCAAUAGAAAAUCUUUAGCCUGUUAUCAAAUGAUAUUUCGCCAUUUAUUUUAUUGCAAAUAUAUCGAGAGAAUGAUUUGUCAAGUUUGGAAAUCUAAUAAGGUGGCGAAGAAGUUUCCAUUUGAUGAUGCUCAACAUUACCGAGCGGCUUUUGCAUUGAGACAGAGAAUGUUACAUUGUAUACAAAAUUUAGAAUAUCACAUGAUGGUGGAAGUCAUUGAGCCUCAUUGGUGUACAUUUUUGAAUAAAAUAGCUAAGGUUCAAAAUGUAGAUGAAAUACUUUCAUGCCAUUGGGACUUUUUGAACAGUUGUCUUAAAGACUGCAUGUUAACUAUUCCGCCGAUUCUAAGUACAAUUAUGAAGUUAUUGAGUAUUUGUGAAGAAUUUUGUGAAUUUGUGCAGCAGAUGCAGCGAUAUUUUGUGGAAGCAGAAUUGGGUACAUUGCCCAAUUCUUUAUACGAAUCUUCUACACAGAAUGAACUAGUAUUUCAAGGAAAUUGCGAACCCACUGAACCUACUCUUAGUUUCAAAGAAAAAAUUGCAAUAUUCGACGUUUCAUUUUCUGGAGCUUUAAUAAGAUUAUUAGACCAAAUCAAUGAACUUAAUAGAGACACCAGUGAACACGAGAGAUUAUUCAAUUUGCUUUACAGGUUAGAUUUCAAUUCGUUUUACAGUGGUCAAUUGAAAAAGAUCGGCUUGGAAAGAUUUGUCAAAGAUUCUUCAGGAUAACAAAAUAUUCGCGAAAAUUACGGAGUGGGCGACAUCUGUUAAUUUUCUUUCAAACUUUGAUAGGGGCGAACAACAAAGCCAGAGUACGAACUAAUUUUGUUGUUUUGUCAAUAAUAGAAAGUGUUAUUUAAAAUUUAAAUAGUAAAGUAAUACACGCUUAACGGUGAAAGUGCUUAUAUGCUCAAGUCUCUUUCUCCCGUACUUACAUGAACAAUUGCAUUUCCAAUCUUUAACUACAUCAAUCAGAUUAAUUGUUAUCUCAUGAUCAAAAUAUUAGCAAAAACGUUAAAAAUAUAUAAAAAACUAAACAACAUCAAACACUUUUACAGUAUUGUUGUUUACCGCUAUAGAAGCCAAAUUCAGCGCCACCUGGUGACUCCUAAUUUUUUCCAUUUUCGAUAUUAAGUUCUUAUAUUCUUUAUCAAUAUAAAAUAAUGUAGAAGCGAUAUGAUGUGUGUUAUAAAAAGAUCUGUUAUUCUUUUUAUUUAUGUUUUCAAUAGAUAAGUAUUUGUCGUUGUAUUAAGUAUUAUUAUAAUAAU